CUGUUGGGCUACGCCCGCGCAGGUUCGAUCCCUGCUGUCGACGAGCUUUUUCUUCUUCGUUUUCCUUUUGCAUCUCCUAAUCCUUUGUCAAUUAAUCACCCGCUAGCUUGGAUUAAUCUUCUUCCUCCCCUCCACGCCACGGACAACCGAUUACGACUCGCAACCACCAACCAAUCGCUUCUGCCUCAGACCACCGCCCCCGCCAUUGAUUUAUAUAACCACAAGAACAAGACGAGAUUUUUUUUUCUUCUAUUAGAACGGAGGGAGCAAGAACACGCAGCAGUCGCCGAUUCACGCUGCCUGCCCGUUCCUCGAUUCCGCAAAAAGGUCAACGAGGAUGAAUUCAAGAUUGGGAGCGCCCGUCUUCUUGCUCCUCCUCCUGUUGCUGGCCGUCGGCUCGGGAGCUGUGCUGCAAGACAGGAGGCUUCUCAGGGAUCGUGCUCUUUAUCUUGAUACAUCUGAGGUCCUAGAUUCUCGGCCAAUCUACGAUGAACAAAUUGCCACUACCAAAAUCCCUGUCCCUGUUGAGAGGGGCUGCCCACUAUGCUCAACUUGUGAGAUGUUCACAAAUAAAUCUGUCAGUUAUCUUAGUCAGAAAGAAACACAAGAUGACAUCUUGGAGAUCCUUCAUGGCGCUUGUUCUCAGACAUUCUCCUUGGCAGAGAAGUGUGUUGAGUUCGUUGACUCGUACGCGAGUCUCCUCUUUGCCAAGGUCGCCGAGAUCAAGCCAGAUGAGUUCUGCAAACAGUAUGGCCUCUGCAGAGACGCAGCCAUUCUCUCUGCCGCGAAAAGCGAAAGCACGUGCGCGUUUUGCCACCAACUCAUCGACGAAGUUCUCUCCAAAAUGAAGGAUCCUGAUGCACAAUUUGAAAUAAUUCAACUUCUCAUCAAGGAGUGCAACAAGGUUCAAGGCCAUGUCCAGCAGUGCAAGAGAAUGGUUCUGCAAUACGUCCCGCUCAUCGUGGCCAAUGGCGAGAAGUUCCUCAAGAAGAAGGAUGUAUGCACCCUCAUGCAAGCUUGCGAUGCCAGCCAAAAGAGGGCGGUCGCGUCGUUCUUCGACAGUGGAUUGCGGAGCGAAGCAUGAAUGCAGAAACACAGAUCUGGGAGUGAGAACAGAGUGAUCAAGCAUGUAUUAGAGAACACAAGUGGUUUGCUGUACAUAUGUGUAUGUUGGCCAAAUGGUGCAUUCUUUUCGCGUGCUUAGCUUGUACUAGAGAUGCAGAGAUAUAAGAUUAUAUAGCCAACACUGUCAGGUUAUGGUGUGUACACUCGUGAUACCUUCUAUUCUGUGAAUCUUCUGUUUACAUGAAGAGGCCUGAAAGAAGUGAAAUGCAGCAGGCUUCUUUUUUCCUCGA